CUCUAUCUCUCUGGUGCAUAUCUCACCGCAAAAAGGCCAAGCAAGUUGUUGAAACUUGGGAGAAACUAUUUAAAUCAGCACAAAGGGAGCAACAAAUUUCCUUUUUAUAUUUAGCAAAUGACAUCCUGCAAAAUAGCCGGCGCAAGGGCUGUGAAUUUGUAAAUGAAUUCUGGAAGAUCCUUCCAUCGGCUCUGAAGAGUGUUUACAAUCUUGGCCAUGAAAACUGCAGGAAGGUUGCUUCGAGACUGGUUAAUAUAUGGGAAGAAAGAAAAGUUUUUGGAUCAAGGGGUCAAAAUCUUAAAAAUGAAAUAUUGGGCAAGAUGACUCCUGUCACUGUCAGCAAUGGAAAGAAUUCAAAUCCUAUCAAGGUUGUGAAGAGAGAUGGCAAAUCAUUAAGAAUUAAACUAGCUGUUGGGGGUAUUCCGGAAAAAAUCUUAACUGCAUUCAAGCUGGUACAUGAUGAAGAUGUCAAUGAAGAAGCAGCCUUAAACCAGUUUAGAAGUGCAGUUCCUCACGUUCAAGAGAUUGAGAAAGAUGUUGAAAAUAUUUCUUCUCAAGGAAAUCUGCAGGGUUCUGAUUUGGUGGACAAGAUACAGGAACAGGAGAACACAGUUCUACAGUGUGUUAGACAACUUGAAAAUGCUGAAGCAAUCAGAGUUGCAUUGGUUUCCCAGCUUAAAGAAGCACUUGAGGAUCAAGAAUCAAAACUGAUGCUGAUACAGAGUGAGCUACAUAUAUUUCAACUUAAGGUAACAAUUUUAACUUAAUUUAGUUGCUGAUAUUAGCACAAGCGAUCUCAAGUCAGGUGCUAGGAUGCCUAACUUGUGCGUAUAUCUGGGAACUAAGCUCAAAUAGUUUUUUUGGUGAUUCCGAAGUGAGUGACCUACCAAAUUCAAGUACUAAAAACUGUGGGUGCACUACCUCAUUCGGGAAACUUCCGUUAAUCUUUGUGUUGUUUAUCAGGCAACAUUAAUAGUUGACGUUGUUCAUGGUCUUCCUCGAUAUCUUCCAAGUAUAUAUUUUGUCAUAUCGUAUAUUGUGAAGUUUUUACUUCGUUCAUAGUUGCAUUAACUUGUUGGAGAACAAUCUUAUGUUUCACAAGUUUCUGCUGUUGACAAUUUAUUUGAGAUG